UCAGAGGUGGAGAUCCGGAUCCGGAGCGGCUGAAAGGCGGAAGUGGAGGCCGGAGCCUGGGACACCGCCGGGGGGAGAGGAGCGGAGCCUGUCCGAGACCCGGCCCCAAGUAACGCCGCCGCCCCGGAGCCGCCUUGGAGCCCCCCUCCCCACUAAGUGCCUCUUUGCAUAGCACCGGCCCCUGCCCCCACGCUCACUGGUACCACUACAGCGGGACGGGCCAUGGCGGGUCGGGGAGGCGCAGCGCGACCCAACGGACCAGCUGCUGGGAACAAGAUCUGUCAGUUUAAGCUGGUCCUGCUGGGGGAGUCCGCGGUCGGCAAAUCCAGCCUCGUCCUCCGCUUCGUCAAGGGGCAGUUCCAUGAGUACCAGGAGAGCACAAUUGGAGCGGCCUUCCUCACACAGACCGUCUGCUUGGACGACACAACAGUCAAGUUUGAGAUCUGGGACACAGCUGGACAGGAGCGGUAUCACAGCCUGGCCCCCAUGUACUAUCGGGGGGCCCAGGCUGCCAUCGUGGUCUACGACAUCACCAACACAGAUACCUUCGCCCGGGCCAAGAACUGGGUGAAGGAGCUACAGAGGCAGGCCAGCCCCAACAUCGUCAUCGCGCUCGCAGGCAACAAGGCAGACCUGGCCAGCAAGAGAGCCGUGGAGUUCCAGGAAGCACAAGCCUAUGCAGAGGAUAACAGUUUGCUGUUCAUGGAGACAUCAGCAAAGACUGCGAUGAACGUGAAUGAAAUUUUCAUGGCAAUAGCUAAGAAGCUUCCCAAGAACGAACCCCAGAAUGCAGCUGGUGCUCCGGGCCGGAACCGAGGCGUGGACCUCCAAGAGAACAACCCCGCCAGCCGGAGCCAGUGCUGCAGCAACUGAGCCCCCCUUGCCUGCCCACUGCCCCCACCUCCUCCGCCUCAACGACCCGACUGGAAUCCACUCUAACCAAUCGCACUUAACGACUCGGGCCACCACUGGGGGGGCAGGGGGAGGGGUCCACCAUGAUUUCUCCGUAUCAUUUUGAUCAUAGGCCGGAGUGAGUUAUUCCACCUGCACCUUUCUGUACAAAUACUAAUUCAAUUUUAAGUCUUAAGUCACUUUUUUAAUAUAUAUGAUCUGCUCUUCCCAUUUCCUGCCCUUUCUACUGCUCUCCCCCUCUUCUGCUGGUAGUAGCCACGUGCCCCUGUUCCACGCCCACCCUGGUGUGUGGGGAGGCAGGGGUUGGAUAAGUUACCCUUCUUCCCCUCUUGCUGAGCAGCGGGCUCAGCAGGAGCAUCCAUGUCCUUACUGUGUCUGGAGUAUGCUUGGUUCUGGGUGGCGGGGCAGGCCCUUGGGGCCAGGGAAGGGAGAGGCAGCUCUUCCCUCAGCUGGCAGUCAUCAGGCUGCAGCGCCCGCCUCACCCCCCAACUCACAGCUGGGAGAGAACCCACAGCAUUACCACAGCAUUAUUGUGACAGCCACGAACCCAUUGCUCACAGCCCUCUUCCCCCUCGUCCUUGGUCACCCCGACCUCUGGCUCUGAGCCCUGUUCUGACCAAAUCACGAUGAUGAGUAUUUGGGGGUGGGUGGGUAAGGGGGGGUAGUGGGAGGGAAUGGAACCAACUUUUUCUGUAUUUUGUAUUGUAUGUUUUCUUCAACAUGUAACCAAUCAGUAUCUUGUCAAUAUAGUCAGCCGAUCGAUCGAC